AUGGGAGCCGGUUUCCAAUGGAUGAGACAUAGUACGGGUCCGCUCGAUAUGAAGCAAUCACUAGGAGCCCGCUGGUUGCGUCACGUCCUACUCUCAUUACCCAACUGCAGGUCAUUUUCUAUCAAUCUCAACUACGGAUGGAACGAUUCAUCGGCACAUUCUCACCUGGGACCCAGUGACGGCAUAAACAUGAUUACGAACAUCAUUGCGGAGACCGGCAUUCCUGUGCGAUCCUUCCACGUGUACGCCUACCCGAGCAGCAGCAGAUUCGCCUUCAACGAUGUGGAUCCACGGUGUCUUCAGUUCGACACCCUCAAAAGCCAGACCUUCAUCAACAGCUGGGCACACGUUGAGAAACUAAGGUUUCAGCACAAUUUCAUCCCCGGCAAUAUCGGCGAAUGGGUGGCCCGGGUGAUCACGCUUGCCCCGAAACUGAAGAUGCUGGAGAUUAGCUAUGACUACACCCCCGAGGCACAGAUAAUCACAGCCCGUCUGGCCUCCAGGCCAGUCGUACUCUCCGAACUGCGAGAGCUCGUCCUUACUGAAGCGUCCGAGAUGGACUGUGAUGAGCUUCUGACACUUCUCGGCUAUACAUGCCGCACGCUGCAAUGCCUGAAGCUAGAGCGUCUUCAACUGAAGAAAGGCGGCACCUGGAUUCCCCUUCUAACUCUACUGGAUCAGUUCCCUUUGCUCGAGGACCUUCACUUGUUUUGGUUGAGUACUGGUCAGAGAAGGGUUCUGCAUUUUGUGUCGCUGACGAAAUACAUCCCCAAGACUCUGCAGGGAAAGUUCCAGCAUGAGUGCAAGCAGUUCUGGGGUAUGCCGAAAACUGUCUAUGUCGCGUACCGUGGCGAUAGCAUGUCGGUGUUCCUGAAUGCUCUAUUGAUGUCUGCCCAAAAUGAAUGA